CCCGCCCCCUCAAGUGCGCGCAGAACUCCCACUCCUCGUGAGUUGUGCUGGGCUUGGUUGCUGCACCAUGACCCUGGAGGCGAUCCGCUACUCGCGGGGCUCCCUGCAGAUCCUAGACCAGCUGCUGCUGCCCCAGCAGAGCCGCUACGAGGCGGUGGGCUCGGUGCGCCAGGCCUGGGAAGCCAUCCGCGCCAUGAAGGUGCGGGGCGCCCCGGCCAUAGCCCUGGUGGGCUGUCUCAGUCUCGCCGUGGAGCUGCAGGCGGGCGCCGGGGGUCCAGGAUUCGCCGCACUCGUGGCCUUCGUGCGCGAGAAGCUGAGCUUCCUCGUCACCGCCCGGCCCACCGCUGUCAACAUGGCCCGCGCCGCCCGCGACCUGGCUGAAGCUGCAGCCCGGGAGGCCGAGCGGGAGGGCGCUACGGAGGAGGCGGUCCGGGAGAGAGUGAUCCGCUGCGCCGAGGACAUGCUGGAGAAAGACCUCAGAGACAACCGAAGCAUUGGGGACCUGGGAGCCCGCCACCUCCUGGAACGGGUGGCCCCCAGCGGUGGCAAGGUGACUGUGCUGACCCACUGUAACACUGGUGCUCUGGCCACCGCUGGCUAUGGUACAGCCCUAGGUGUGAUCCGCUCACUGCACAGCCUGGGCCGCCUGGAGCACGCCUUCUGCACAGAGACCCGGCCCUACAACCAGGGAGCCCGGCUGACGGCCUUUGAGCUGGUCUAUGAGCAGAUCCCCGCCACCCUUAUCGCCGACAGCAUGGUGGCUGCUGCCGUGGCCCAUAGGGGCGUGUCAGCCGUGGUCGUGGGAGCUGACCGCGUGGUUGCCAACGGCGACACAGCCAACAAGGUGGGCACCUACCAGCUGGCCAUUGUCGCCAAGCACCACGGCAUUCCCUUCUAUGUGGCUGCCCCCAGCUCCUCAUGUGACCUCCGUCUUGAGACCGGCAAGGAGAUCAUUAUUGAAGAGCGACCAGCCCAGGAGCUGACUGAUGUUAACGGGGUCCGGAUUGCGGCACCUGGGAUCGGAGUUUGGAAUCCUGCCUUCGACGUCACCCCCCAUGACCUCAUCACUGGCGGCAUCAUCACAGAACUGGGGGUCUUUGCCCCUGAGGAGCUCCGGGCAGCCCUAACCACCACCAUCUCUUCCAGAAAUGGAACCCUAGAUGGACCCCAGACGUAAUCAACACAGCUCUCCCUAGCCUGCCUCUCUAGGUUUUUUAGUACAUUUCUUGAACGGCUACCCAAAAGCUGACCUUCUUGCCCCUGACCACAUUUGUUCCUAGUGCAGGAAGCUCAGACAGGGCCUUCCAUCUAGAGCCCUGCUGCCCAGAUUCAAAUCCUGACUCCGCCACCUUUUCCACUGUAUGAUCCUGGGCAAGUCACUUCGCUUCUCUGUGCUUUGGUUUCCUCAUUUAUAAAAUGUGGAUAACAGGCCGGGCGUGGUGGCUCACGCCUGUAAUCCCAGCACUUUGGGAGGCCGAAGCAGGCGGAUCACGAGGUCAGGACAUUGAGACCAUCCUGGCUAACACGGUGAAACCCCGUCUUUACUAAAAAUACAAAAUAUUAGCCGGGCGUGGUGGCGGGUGCCUGUAGUCCCAGCUACUCGGGAGGCUGAGGCAGGAGAAUGGCAUGAACCCGGGAGGUGGAGUUUGCAGUGAGCCAAGAUGGCGCCACUGCACACCAGCCUGGGCCACAGAGCGAGACUCCAUCUCAAAAAAAAAAAAAAAAAAAAAAAGAAUUAAUUAAAAAAUAAAAAACAAAUGUGGAUAACACUAGUACCUCCCUCUUAAGGUCAGAGCUGGAGCUAGGCUGACACCUCCAGGGCAGAAUUUUAAGAAGACACCAAAAAUGCUCAGCAACCAAGAUAAAAAAUAUUUUAAAGCAAUAUUUUGUUUUUGGUUUUUUUUUUUU